AUGCCGCCAGCAAAUCACCCCAUUUAUCAUAAGGAUGAGAAAGUCUUCUGCUUUCACCAUGAGAUUCUGUACGAGGCGAAGAUCCUUGAGGUCAGAUUGACCGAUCCAGACGACAGAAAGAGCCCCUACGAGUAUCGGGUUCAUUACAAAGGCUGGAAAAAUACGUGGGAUGACUGGGUUCUACAAGAUCGCCUACGCAAAGCGACUGAAGAGAACAGAGAACUUGCCGCUACGCUCCGUCGUGAUGUGGAAGCUUCUCUUCGUCAACGAUCUAACAAGUCAUCGGCGAAAAAACGUCGUAGUUCUGACAUGAGCUCCAAUCGAAACAGCGAAGAGAGGCAUUCAUCCGCUCCUGCCAAAGGCACGAAGCGAUCAAGAGAUGCUGAAAUUGAAAAGGAGGAGCAUUUCAACGCACGCCCAUCCGUAAGGAUAGUGAUGCCUGAUAACCUCAAAGCACUCCUCGUAGAUGACUGGGAAAACAUCACAAAGAACAUGCAAUUGGUACCACUUCCCGCAAAAGUCUCUGUCAACAAAAUCCUCGAUACAUACUUUGAGGAGGAGAAAACCAAAAGAACUUCCCAGGCUCAAGUGGACGUGCUGGAAGAAGUUUUGUCUGGCAUUAGAGAGUAUUUUGAUAAAUGCCUUGGCCGGCUGCUAUUAUACAGUUUUGAAAGAGAGCAAUAUCACAUCCUACAACGGAAAUGGGAAUCCGGGGCCGAAGGGUUCGUCGACAAGGGACCAUGCGAUAUAUAUGGCGCUGAACACCUAGCUAGAUUAUUUGCCUCGUUGCCAGAACUUCUCGCGCAGACGAAUCUUGGCCAAGAAUCUACCAACCGUCUGCGUGAGGAACUGUCUAAGCUUGCAAUCUGGCUGAGUAGGAACUCUGAAAAACUUUUUGCAAGCAAAUAUAAGAUCCCCGGCAACGAAUAUGUCGACAAGGCAAAGGGAGUUUCAAACCCGGAUGCCCCCGGAACCGCAACAUCCCGCCUAUUUUAG